AUGUGUGCGGUGAGGCGGAUGCUGCUGCUGCUGCUGGCUUUCCUGGCCUACGCACUGGAUUCAGCUGCGGCGUACGGCACGGCGGAGACCCUCUGUGGUGGGGAGCUGGUGGACACGCUGCAGUUUGUCUGUGGGGACAGGGGCUUCUACUUCAGCAGACCAGUGGGACGAAAUAACCGGCGGAUCAACCGGGGGAUCGUGGAGGAGUGCUGCUUUCGGAGCUGCGACCUGGCUCUGCUGGAAACCUACUGUGCCAAGUCCGUCAAGUCCGAGCGUGACCUCUCCGCCACCUCCCUGGUGGGCCUGCCGGCACUCAACAAGGAGAGCUUCCAGAAGCCCUCACACGCCAAGUACUCCAAAUAUGACGUGUGGCAGAAGAAGAGCUCCCAGCGGCUGCAGCGGGAGGUGCCCAGCAUCCUGCGGGCUCGCCAGUACCGGUGGCAGGCAGAGGGGCUGCAAGCGGCCGAGGAAGCCAAGGCCCAGCACCGUCCCCUCAUCUCCCUGCCCAGCCAGAGGCCCCCGGCACUUGGUCAUGACCAUAUGAGCUAG